AUGUCUGCUCACGAGCAAACCUACAGAGCUGGUGAAGCCAAGGGCCGUACCCAGGAGAAAACAGGGCAAGCCAUGGAGAGUGCGAAGGAGAAGGCCCAGGGCGCGAAGGAGAAGACCUCCGAGACGGCCCAGUCCGCCAAGGAGAAGGCUUCCCAGACGGCCCAGUCCGCCAAGGAGAAGGCUUCAGAGACAGCCCAGGCGGCCAGGGAGAAAGCAGGCCAGAUGGCAGAGUCCGGCAAGGAGACUGCAGAGGCCGGGAAGGAGAAGACAGGAGGUAUUCUGCAGAAAACUGGGGAGCAGAUGAAGGGGAUGGCUCAAGGGGCCGCUGAGGCCGUGAAGCAUACUCUUGGGAUGGGUGAGGCCGAGGAGGAGGAGAAGGGUGUGGAGGAUCCGCACAGGAAGAAGGGUUACUAG